CGCCGAGUAGGGGUUUCAGUUUCUGGCGCGAACUUCCGCUGUUCCGAAGUUGCACGGUGAAUUGGCGCGAUGUCCGGGGACAGCAGCGGCCGCCGGUCCGAAGGCCGGGGCCGGGGCCGCGACCCGCACCGGGAUCGCCCCCGCUCCCGCUCGCGAUCUCCGCUGUCGUCCCGCCGCGGCGCAGCGCCCGAGCGCAGGGAGGCCCCUGAGCGCCCGAGCGUGGAGGAGGGAGAGCCGUCGGAUUCCGGAGACGAGAUGGUGGACCCCGCGACCCUGGAGGUGGAGACCGACCACGGCCUGUGCCGCCAGAUUCGCCAUCAGUACCGGGCGCUCAUCAACUCGGUCCAACAAAACCGGGAAGAUAUACUGAAUGCCAGCGACAAAUUAACAGAGGUCCUUGAAGAGGCCAACACUCUGUUUAAUGGAGUGUCCCGAGCAAGAGAAGCCGUCCUGGAUGCCCACUUUCUUGUUUUGGCUUCUGAUUUGGGCAAAGAGAAAGCCAAACAGCUGCGUUCUGACCUGAGCUCAUUCGAUAUGUUAAGAUAUGUUGAGACUCUACUGACACAUAUGGGUGUAAAUCCGCUAGAAGCUGAAGAUCUCGUCCGUGACGAAGAUAGUUCUGAUUUUGAAUUCAUAGUCUAUGACUCCUGGAAAAUAUCAGGCAAAACAGCAGAGAACACCUUUAAUAAAACCCAUACAUUCCACUUUCUGUUGGGUUCGAUACAAGGAGAGCGCCCUGUGCCAAAGCCACGGGCGGAACGUCCCCGACGAGUGUGCACGGCAGAGAAGGAGAAGGACAUGCCUGAGCAGUUAAAAAGAAUGGAAGAAUCUCAUCAAGAAGCAACAGAAAAAGAAGUAGAAAGGAUCUUAGGGUUGUUGCAGACAUAUUUCCGAGAAGAUCCUAAUACUCCUAUGUCCUUCUUUGACUUCGUGAUUGACCCGCACUCUUUCCCCCGCACGGUGGAAAACAUCUUUCAUGUUUCCUUCAUUGUGAGGGAUGGUUUUGCAAGAAUAAAACUUGACCAAGACCGACUGCCAAUAAUAGAACCUGUUAAUAUUAGUGAAGAAAAUGAGGCCAUUGAUCAAAACACCCAGAUCAGGAAUCAAGGAAUCAUAGCUUUGAGUUAUCACGACUGGAAGGAGAUUGUGAAGACCUUUGAGAUCUCGGAGCCUGUGAUCAUCCCAAGCCAGAGCCAGCAGAGGCCGAGCACUUGAUGGCCACCGAAGGAUUCAAGUGGAUAGUGACAUCCAAAAAGGAGAGCAGCAUGUAUUGUAUAUAUUGUAUGAUUGAACAUUUUUAAAGACAGAUUGUUUUUAGUAAAAUGUAGCUUUUGAUAGUUGA